AUGCUGCGCGCCGAUUGGUCCUGGUUCAGGAGGCGGAAGAAACAGCGAGCACGUGGCACCCGCCGCCAGAGCCGCGCGCGGCGGGCCCGGGAGACCAUGGCGUCGCUCAGUGGUGGCACAGUGGUCUGUGUGAUCUGCCUGGAGAAGCCCAAAUACCGCUGCCCCGCCUGCCGCGUGCCCUACUGCUCCGUCAACUGCUUCCGGAAGCACCGAGAGCAGUGCAAUACCGAAACUCGUCUUGUUGAGGAAAAAAUACCAGCUUUUACUGCAAAAACUAUAAAGCCUGAGGAAAACAAAGAUGAUGAUGAGUCUGUAGCUGAUUUUCUCAAUAGUGACGAGGAACAGGACAGAGUUUCUUUGCAGAAUUUAAAGAAUUUAGGGGAGUCUGCAGCAUUAAGAAGCUUACUGCUCAACCCACACCUUAGGCAGCUGAUGGUCACCCUCGAUCAGGGGGACGACAAGGCCAAGCUCAUGAGAGCCUGCAUGCAGGAGCCCUUGUUUGUGGAGUUUGCCGACUGCUGUUUAAGCAUCGUGGAGCCAUCCCAGAAUAAGGAUCCUUAA